UGAACUUCGUAUGCCGUGAAUAAGUUUGACACAAAAAGAAAGAAAAACCAAAGCUCAUAAGCUGGCAAGGAAAUGUCCGCCAGCCAAAGCGUCCAAGGAGCAAGCUGGGCUCCCGAAGAAAUCUCCCACUCCCACCGGCUUCCAUUUCUUUUCUUUCGUUUUCCACCUGACCACCCAUGACUUGUUUGACGAGUUUUCUCUGAGAAUACCCAAUUCCACCGUAGCCCCCGGGAACGCCUCCUAAACCUCUGUCGGCAAAGCUUGUUCCAUUUCUCUCCUUUUGUUAAUUUUUACAUCGGGGGAGAAGAAAAUGCAGAGGGUUGGGGAUCAAAGGCCAAGAUUCUUUAGACCUACAACGAUCCAUGGGUUUGCUCAAUCGGGAGAUCUCAAUGCCAUCCGGAAGAUGCUUAACGAUAACCCUUCUCUCCUCAAUGAACGUAACCCCGUAAUGGCACAAACACCACUUCAUAUUUCAUCUGGUUACAAUAAGGCUGAUAUUGUUGAACAUUUGCUUUCAUUCCAAGGCCCUGAAAGAGUAGAGUUAGAAGCAAAGAACAUGUAUGGGGAGACCCCGUUACACAUGGCUGCUAAGAAUGGAUGUAAUGAAACUGCUAAGAUGCUUCUCUCUCAUGGUGCUUUUGUUGAAGCCAGGGCAAAUAACGGGAUGACCCCAUUGCACCUUGCUGUUUGGCACUCAAUUCGAGCUGGAGACUACUCAACAGUCACAACAUUGUUAAAGUAUAAUGCUGACUGUAGUGCUGAAGACAAUGAGGGCAUGACUCCCAUAAAUCAUCUCUCCCAAGGACCCACAUAUGAAAAAUUGCGAGAAUUGCUUCAUUGGCAUCUGGAGGAGCAGCAAAAACGUAAGGCCAUUGAAGCUUGCUGUGAGUCCAAGGAAAAAAUGGACGCUCUCGAAAAGGAACUAUCAAGAAUAGUUGGCCUAAACGAGCUAAAACUCCAACUUCGAAAAUGGGCAAAGGGGAUGCUACUGGAUGAGAGGCGUCGGGUACUUGGACUGAAAGUUGGUGCCAGAAGACCACCUCACAUGGCUUUCCUUGGAAACCCUGGAACAGGAAAAACAAUGGUUGCUCGAGUGCUUGGAAAACUGCUUCAUAUGGUGGGGAUUCUUCCGACAGAUAAGGUAACUGAAGUGCAGAGAACAGAUCUGGUUGGAGAAUUUGUUGGUCAUACGGGACCAAAGACGAGGAGAAAGAUCCAAGAAGCCGAGGGUGGAGUUCUGUUCGUUGAUGAAGCCUACCGACUAAUACCUAUGCAAAAAGCUGACGAUAAAGACUAUGGUUUAGAAGCACUCGAAGAGAUAAUGUCUGUCAUGGAUAGCGGGAAAGUUGUAGUAAUUUUUGCUGGAUACAGUGAACCAAUGAAACGUGUGAUAUCCUCUAACGAGGGUUUUUGUCGGAGAGUGACCAAGUACUUCCACUUCAAUGACUUCACCACUGAAGAUCUUGCCAAGAUUCUCCAUCUCAAAAUGAGUAGCACCAAUCAGCAAGUCGGAGGGGGGAGUUUGUUGUUUGGGUUCAAGUUGCAUCCUUCAUGCAGUGUUGAAGCUGUUGCAGGUCUGAUAGAGAGGGACACAACAGAGAAGCAGCGCAAGGGCAUGAACGGAGGCUUACUCGAUCCUAUGCUAGUUAAUGCCAGAGAGAAUUUGGAUUUUAGACUCAGCUUUGACUGUGUAGAUACAGACCAGUUACUCACCAUUACCUUGGAGGAUUUAGAGGCUGGCCUCCGCUUGUUAUUUCAUUAACCAGUUUCAACGUGCUAAAAAAACCAUAAGCAAUUUGAAGAUCUUGUAGUCAUUUGUCUGUUUAUACCUUUGGUCAUCAUCAUUGCUAAUCAAAUUAUAUUUAUUGGUUUAUUAACAAAAGCUGCCCUUUUAGGUUUUGCUCGUUAUUUACAGCAGAAUUCUUUGUGAGCGAUGCUUAUAGAUUUUUAGCUAUGUAGAGAAUUUGAAUCAAACGAGAACAAUAUCUAAGGAGAGAAAUGAGAGUAAAUCAGAAUUGUUAGAUUUGAGAUUUGUACAUUAUGUGAAAUAAAGAUAUCAAUUAUCG